UCCAACAAAAGCGCACUUGGCAUGUGCCUGGGCUGUGAAGGCAGCGACGGCCACUUCCUUCUUAGCAAGAAUCUCUAUCACCUGACUGCGUCAGCUGCGGGAUAGAAUCCCGCUUGAGGAAACUAGAAUGCAUCAGGACCUAACAAAAAUACUUGCCACAUCUGAAUACAUGGCUGAUGCCUCUUUGUAUUCAGCCAAACAUUCAGCCCGGGCUAUGGCUUCCAACGUGGUGGCUAGGAGACUCCUGUGGCUAAAAAAUUGGAGAGCCGAAAGUAAGCAUAAGUGGCACGCGGCCACAGCCUCUUUCAAAGGUGGCAAAUUAUUUGGGGAUGCACUAACGCCGUACUUAGUUGAAAAUAAGCAGAAGCAAAAGGUGAUCUCCCACGUGGCAAAGAGGUCCACAAGACGGUUCAUCCCUUACAGUCGCCGGCAACCCUUUCGGGCAGGGACAGCAACAGAGUCGGCACAACCGUACCAACCGGUCGCUCCCAAACAGGAGCGCUCACUGGACAGGACAGUUUAUAGAGACAGGUCCAAAUACCAGCCACAACCCAAACAUUCCUUUCGUGGCCGAGGUGGUCGGUCCUUCCGCCGAGGCAAAUGACUCGGAGGGAAAUCCCCCCAUUGGUGGUAGGCUCACUCACUUUACUCGCCAAUGGGAAAACACGACCACAGACUCCUGGGUGUUGCAUACCAUAAGGGAAGGCCUGUCCCUGGAGUUCAAAUCCGUUCCAUUCAAUCACUUUGUGUCUUGCCCAGCCAUGAGAAACCCAGUAAAGAGGGGACUCAUGGAGGACGCUAUACAGCAUCUACUAGCCAUCAAGGCGAUAGAGGAGGUUCCCUCAAGCCAGGCGGGGCAGGGAUAUUACUCAAUCCCGUUUGUAGUCCCAAGGUCUUUGGGGGGAUGGAGGGCAAUCCUCGAUCUCAAGGGAUUGAAUCUUCACCUUCAUUACAAACGGUUCAAAAUGCAAACACUGCACUCCAUCCUAACCAGUAUCAGGCGGGGAGAUUUAUUAAUAUCCAUAGAUCUGAAGGAGGCAUACCUCCACAUCCCUAUUCUCCCAGCUCAUCACAGGUACUUAAGAUUCUGCUAUCUCAACCGCCAUUUUCAGUACAGAGCCCUUCCUUUCAGCCUCUCUUCAGCCUCCAGGGUCUUUACCAAAAUCCUGGCAGUGUUGGCGGCUCACUUGCAGCUGGUCCCAGUCAGGGUCCAGUGCUACUUGGACGAUAUCCUGAUCCAGUCCCUGUCAGUCUCAGCCGCCCAUUCGGACUUGACUCUCACUAUACAGACUCUUCAGGUCCACGGCUUCCUGAUCAACUUCAAAAAGAGCCAGAUGAAUCCAUCUACCCGUCUGCUUCACCUGGGAGCAGUAAUAGACACGGAAUCGUGUCAUGUGUACCUGUCAGAGGAGAGACGCAGGAGCAUCAGGGACUUGGCUCGCAAGGUACGCAGGGACAGAACCGUGGCAUUAGCCACGCUUUCUCAGCUCCUGGGCAAACAGAUCUCAUGUAUAGCAAUCGUGCCGUGGGCUCGGCUACAUACCCGGGAGCUUCAGUGGUUUCUUCUCCCAUACCAAAGACAGCAUACCAGUACGUCCAACAGACGGGUUUGGGUUCCCCAUCAAGUACGGUUUUCCCUUGGCUGGUGGACUUCAUCAGCUGUCAGCAAAGGGACCUUGUUCAAACAACCCAGCCGCCUUCAGGUGACCACGGACGCCAGUCUCUUUGGCUGGGGGGCUCACCUCCAAUCCCGGAUAGCUCAGGGUUGGUGGUUGCAAGCAGAUCUCAAACACAACAUAAAUUGGUUGGAGCUCAGCGCGAUUUAUCAAGCUCUUCAAAACUUCCACACAGAAGUCAGGGGCCAGCAUUUACUGAUUCAAACAGACAACGUGGCUGCAAAGGCCCACGUGAAUCAGCAGGGGGGCACACGGUCGAAAUCCCUCAUGACAGAAGCCCGAGCAUUGGGCACCUGGGCAGAGAAAUACCUGCUCUCCAUCAGAGCCGAACACAUUUCGGGGGAGGGAAAUCGACAGGCAGAUUUCCUCAGCAGGUCGACAAUAGAUCAUUCGGAAUGGAUGCUUCAUCCAGAUAUCUUCAGGGAGAUAUCAGCCAAAUUCGGCAGUCCGAUCAUGGACCUGUUUGUCUCCCCGGAGAACGCUCAGUUUCCCAGAUUCCUUUCCCGGUUCCCUUCUCGGGGAGCAAAGGGAACGGACGUGCUUCACAGCAGGUGGCCACAAAGCCUAUUGUAUGCCUUCCCCCCAUUGCCUCUACUUCCAGCAGCAAUCAGGAAGCUCCUGGAGGAACAAGCGGAGGUGAUCUUCAUUGCCCCUUACUGGCCCAGGAGACAAUGGUUCGUGGAUCUGGUGAGUCUUUCAUUUUCAGCUUCAUGGAGGAUUCCCGACAGCCAAAUAAGGCUGAUACAGGGAGAUCUACAACAUCCAGAUCCCCAAUGGCUUCAACUGACCGCCUGGCACUUGAACGCUGCACCCUAACCAGGGAAUCUUACUCAGUGGAGGUGAUUGCUAUGAUACAGGCGGCCAGGAGACCGGCAACAAACCGGCUUUAUGACCAUACAUGGAAGCAUUUCUGUCAAUGGUGUGACAAGAAACACGUAAGUCUAUCACAGGUGACGAUUCCCAGGGUUCUGGAAUAUUUAAUGGAGGGCAUCAACAAGGGGUUGGCACCCAACACUUUGUGCAGACGGUUAGCAGCCCUGUCCUCAAUUUUGUCAUGGGACUCCUCGGGCUCCUUAUCAAGACAUCCAGCCAUUCGGGCUUUUCUUAAAGGGGUCUCAAAUACCAGACCGCCUGUAAUUCACAGGUAUCCCUCCUGGGACCUACCCCGAGUGCUUCAAGCUCUAACAUCUUCUCCUUCUGAACCACUCAAAACGUGCUCAUUACAACAUUUGUCAUUCAAGGUCUCCUUUCUCAUAGCUAUUACCUCGGCCAGGCGCAUUUCAGAGUUAGCGGCCUUGGUUAGAAAAGACCUGUGCACGUUCCACGAGGAUAGGGUAGUUCUCAGGCUUGACCCUUCAUUUAUUCCAAAGGUUAAUGGAAUUUAAGGAGGUUAUCCUCCCAAAUUUUUGCCCUCACCCGUCACAUGAAGUAGAGCGACGCUGGCACACUUUGGACGUAAGGAGGGCCUUGCGAUGUUAUAUCAAACACACUAAGCCCUUCUGUAAGUCGGAAACCCUAUUUGUGUCCUUUCAGCCUUCGUCUAUGGGGCAAAAGGUUUCGGCUUCCACCAUAGGAAGGUGGAUAAGGGCCUGUAUUUCAAACGCUUAUGUCUCUCUGGCCUUACAAGUUCCUCCUCAUGUGACGGCUCACUCUACCUGCACUGCUGCUGCAACUGCGGCGUGGGCAACACAGGCGUCCAUUGAGGACAUGUGCAGGGCGGCGACGUGGUCGUCGCCAUCUCCAUUCAUUAGACAUUACCAUUUAGACAAGUGUGCUUCGGCUGAGGCCGCCUUUGGUAGACGUAUCCUACAACAAGUAGUCACACCAUCUGGGGGCCCGGCCCCUACUGACUACCACCCUUAGGGACUCGAGAAGCUUUGGUACGUCCCAUUGGUGGAUUCUUCUGUCAUCAUGCUGGAGAAGGAGCGUUGGCUUACCUGAACGCCUUUUCUCAGCAUGAUGAAGAAGAAUCCACGCCCUCCCUUAGUAGAAGUCAGUCAGGUCCAGGUGGGAUGGUCGUUCUGUUAGUUAUUGUUACUACCUGCUUGAGAGUCAUCACAUCGUACUGUUGUCAAUGGCUUUGCCCGUUGAUGAAAACUGGGAGGUCCCCAGAUAAUGAGGAGGCAUGACAACUUGACAACUUGGUCUGAUUGGGCAGGAGGACUGAAAUAACCCAUUGGUGGAUUCUUCUUCAUCAUGCUGAGAAAAGGCAUUCAGGUAAGCCAACACUCCUUUUGGUGGACAUUUGAUCAUAAAGUAAUAUUAAAAGCACCAAAUUGUUUCAGAGCUCAAGGAUAAUCUAAAAUGUUGCUAUGGCUAGAUUUGUUCUUUUAUCUUAAAGUUUAUUUUAGAUUUUAAAAAAAGUAAUUGUAAGUCACCAAGAACUGUAGUACAGUUAUUCCAUAUAAGCAUUUUUAAAAAAAUUGUUCUUCUGUUACCAUUUGAUUUCUUUGUUCAUUAAGUGGUAUAGUCUAUUUGUCGCAGCAAAUAAGAUAAGAAAAGAUAGUAUAGUAUGUUUUGUGCCCUGAAAUAGAAUAGACAACAAAAAUAAAACAAAUAGCCUCUUUAUAGACAUGGUAUAUGAGCAAGGGUUGAGAACCACUGCUUUAGAAGAAAUGUCUACUAUUUUAAGCUCACAGCCAUAACACUCAAAUCAAAAUAUAUCCCUCAACCUGAAAAAAAAAAUGCUUUAAGUGGAUGGGGUUUAAGUAAGAAUCUAAAUCAGUGAUGGCGAACCUUUUAGAGACCGAGUGGCCAAACUGCAACCCAAAACCCACUUAUGCAUCGUUGAGUGCUGGGUGAGUGUGGCCCAUUGGCUGGG